AUGAAAGUUGCACGGAGCUGCUACUCGGCUCGCAGCAUUUACGCUAUUACUGAAAAAGUUCAUUUUUUUUUCUUGCCGCUGAUCUCCAUAUCUCAAAGUAGUGAUCUGUCGUUUUACGGGUUUGUAUUGUCACAGCGGAAACACCAGGCGUGGUUUGCUUACCUUUUGUACAACAACAUGGCAGCUGUGGUCGCACCAAAGAAAUUGGGACAACAACGACCGCGACAUUUUUCCUGGCUUAUUUCGUAG